AUGAUUCAGCAACUGCAUGUAGACGUGUUGGAGGAAAUUCUGUCAAAACUCCAUGUUAAGGAUCUCUUGAGAUUCAAAUCCGUAUCGAAAAAAUGGAAUUCAAUAAUCUCCACCCAAUACUUCAUUAACUUGCACCUCAAGAAAUCAAUAUCGAGCGCUUCCCGCCAUUUGAUCUUGGUUCGUGAUGAUAUCAAAGUGGAGCUGACAUGGCCUGAAGAAGCCAUCAUAUAUUUCCUCGGAAUAUCCUCCGACGGUAUUAUCUGUCAUAUAAUCAAUUACAACGCUCGUACAACAAUCUGCAUGUUGAAUCCAGCCACAAGGGUAUCGAAAACUGUGAAUGUUAAUAAUAAAAUCAAUAAUAUCAUAUCCUGGUUCGGACGAGAAUCUUCCGAUGACGACGUGUACAAGGUUGUCUUAGGGGUUAUGGCACGUAGCAUAGAAGAAGAAGUGGGAGAAGACGAAGAAGAAGUACUUCGCAUGCAGCUCGUCGCCCUAUCCGUCGACGAUUGCAAUCAAGACUCGGUAUAUUAUUCAACAUAA